AUGGCGCUGUCACCCACUGGAGAGAGGUGCGAGGACUCGCGGCUCGGUCCCCUCCGGUGGUGCGAGACCCCCUCGCUCUCCCCCCGGGGGGCUACAACGCGACCCCCGCGCCGAAGCGCCCCUCCCCGGGGGAUGAAGAAUUCUGCAGCAUUCAUCACGGAGAUGAGAACUAAUGCUACCUGGUUUUUGAUCCCAGAAGUCACUGGUAGUGAUGACCCAUAUGAAAACUCCAGGGCAUUGAGAACGUUGCGUAACAUGAAGUUCCCAGUAGCUCUGCAUCCUCUGGCAUUCUUCAUUCGUAUAGGGGAAGUACAGAGAGCAAAUGCUUUGUUUAAUAUUUGGAUCAAAUAUAAGCCUCGACUGCCAGAGUGGUAUUACAAUGAAAAACUUCUGAAAGUUGGUGACUCCCUCACUCAGAUCAAAGAAUAUAAGUUGGCACUUUUACAGUGCUAUGGAAGAUAUCUUCAGCAGUUCAUUUCUGUAAACCUUGAUGAUAUCAUAGAUGAUGUCCAUCGAUUUAAAUCCACCUUUUUCCCAAAUGGUUUCAGAGACAAAAAUGCAGCACUUACGAUAUUUGCUCGCCGUGGUCUGAUUAAAAUUGAUGAACUGAAGCAAUUAGAAAAUACCAGUUCUUCGCUGGAAAAUUCAGAGACAAAAAAGAUUUUUAGAGAGGCCACUCUAAAGUUGUCAUGGCCUCGCACUACUACCGAACGACUGCUGACAGAAAUGUUUGAUGGUGCUGCAGCUCAAUUCCUUGCCAUCCUGGAAGCUCUGUCUGAUAGUAGCAGGCAUGUGUUGCACCCUACUCCACCUGUUCCUGAUGAAAUCGAAAUUCGUGAUGUCAUUUCAGAGCUUUUUUUUGCAGGCCUGGAAAUCCUCUCAGGUGGAGUGAGCAGUACUGGUAUUCAAGGAAGUCAUUGCACCAAUCAUUUUGGUAUAAUUAAUGCAUCAUCAACCCUUCUGCAGUUGAUACUAACAGCUUUCAGCUAUGAAGAAUGGGACGUGUUUGAUUCUGCUAUUGAAUUUGUUGUUAAUUUUCUUCAGGCUCAAGAUGACCCAACAUGGAAGAAAGCUGAAAUGGAACUCAAACUUCUUACGCUGAUGCGACCUUUACUAUUUCCAAGAAAAUUUAAACAUGGUUUUUCUAUUAGUGAAAAUAAUACCAAAGAAGCUAGGAUGCCUGAUGGUUCUGAAAAGAAGGAAGCAUUCAGAAGAAUGGGUGCAGUGACCCUAAGGAAUGAUAAUGCCUUUAUAGCAGCGGUAUGCCUGCAAUUUAAGAAUAUCCAGCCUGACAAAGAAAUACUUGUUGAUGUAAUAAUGUUUUUGUGGCAGAAGUGUAAAACAGGACUUCAGCGAAUCCAAAAGAGUGGAAGUGACUGCUUAAAAUAUAUCCACAAAUACAAAGCUUACCAAUGGGUUCAUGUACUCUGGAUGAUAAAUGAAGUAAUUCCGAAAAGCAGCAUAGCAGACACUAAUGUUGUAAUGUUUGCAGAGGUAACCUUACGUCUAAGUGCAAUAUUGGAAAAUGUAGCUGAUUCUGCAAGUAAAUCUAAGAAAAAAGCAGGAAAAAGAAGUGCCUCUUUCUCACAAGAUGAAACCUAUGAUAUUCCUGAAAUACUGAUGAAAAGUCCUACAGAACAAUUACAAGUUGCAUAUGAAAGUCUUGAAAAAGCAAUUAAUGUAAUGAACACAUCUCACUUAAUGACCCUUCUACCAGAUGGAAAGUCGAUAUUUGACAACUGCUGUACAAAGGUGGACUCAAAUGAUCAGAAUUUGAAUUCUGUUUUGGGAUGUGGUAAUGAUAAGACAGGAACAGGUAAUGGUUUUGUAAUGGACUUACACGUGGAGCUCAUUCAGGCCCAACAUCGAGUAGCUGUGAAACUUCUUAAAAUGGCACAAGCAUGCACUACUGUGAAGAGGCUGGCUACAUCUUCUUCAUCACUUGCAGGCACUGACAGGCUCCUGGUUUCAUGGUACAGUAUUUUGGGCUCUGUAGCAGGAAGAAGUAAUAUGAAAGUAAGGUUAAAUAACAAUAAACUUCCAAAUGCAGGAGAAGAGAUACCAGCUGAUGGGAAAAGCCUUUUGGAAAUACAAGGCUUAGAUCCCAAUGAGAAAUACAUAUUUGCAGUCGCAGCAUAUUCUUCUGAUGGAAAACUUAUUGGUGAUGCCAUUGGGGAAACGACUAAGCCAAUCCUUGCUUAUCCACCUCUUUCAGCUACUACUGUUCGAGCCUACCUAACUCAGGUAGCCUAUCAGACUGGCAAUUACACAUUAGCCAGAGAAGCGUUUUCACCAAUGUGGGAUUAUUUUGUUUCAAAUUCUUCUCCACUGCCUGCCAAUGCAGCUGUUAUUUCUGCAAGUAGUAAUUUGACUGUAUCUGAAAACAGGUUACGUUUUGAAGCUGUAUCUCAGACUUCUCCUAUUACCUUGCGCCUCUUUCUGAGGAAUAUGUUUGCUGUCUGUGACAUUAAUGUCAUGGAAGGAGCACUCUUCUGUGAUUCCAUCUGUUCCAAUGAGAUACUUUAUAAGGAACAAGUUGCUAGAUUAGCAGAAUGUGAAAGAAUGACUGUGGCAACUGAACUUAGCAAUUGGUUGAAUGAUGCAAGUUACACCCUGCAGUCUGUUGUACAAUGUUAUGGUCUCCUUGCUCCAAUUAUUUAUCACAAGAUUUCUUCAGUGCCAGUAGUUCAGAUCCUCAUUAAGUGCUUGGCUGUCCUUCAAGAAAUUCCAAGUGCUACUCUGCAGACGAGGCAGGCAGGAUGUUAUGAGAGUAUUCAGCAUAUGAUAGCUUGUACUUCAUUUUAUACAGCAAAGACCACUUCUGCAAAGACAUCCCAUUUAGCUGCAAUGGAAAAAGCAACAGAAAAUCUAAAUGCUCUGGAAUCAAAUCUCCUCCGACUGACAAAACCAGCUCGUGGAUCAGAGCUUACAGGACAGGAAGAUCCUUUGUUCCUCUACCCUGUAAUUUCAUGUUGGACAUCAAACAGUGCUUAUCGAGAAGUGAUGAAAUUCAGAAAGAAAUCACGUUUUCUUGAGUUCUUUGUUCAAGUUUUGCACAAAAUCCUGAAUGAAGAGAAGUUUCAAUGCGUUCUGGAAUGGGCAGGCAAUGUGCAAGUUUACUUGAAAAGGAGGAACAACCACCUUCUCUGUAUCAAUGGAAUUUCAACACAAGAAACUAGUUCUCCCACUCUCCCAGAAGGCACGGAUGGAUACACUAUAGGAGUUGUGGAGUUUGAGAAAAGUGUGGAGACUUCACCUUUAAAGAAACCAGAGGCAUCAACUUUGAAGAAACCAAGAAAAGAAGCCUUGAGUCCUAGUCAAAAAAGACAGACUCUUAGAGAGUAUUUCAUGAAACAUCCAAACCUAAUGGAAUCUCCAGAAGCAGAAAGUUACAAUAUUUUGGAUCCUGAGAUGUUCUCAUUAAGUAAUUCUGGCACUGUAGUGGUGAGAGAAGCCAUAGAGAAUAACAUGAGAACACCAACUCCUCCUCUCCUUAAAAAGUCCGGAAUGACCGAAAAACAAACUUAUACAGAUAAAUCUUCUGAGCACAGCAUUAAACUGAGUGGAACAGAUACUUCUCAAACUCAAACAACAAACGAUAUAGAAAUACCCGUGUCUCAUUCCCCCAAAGAAUACAACCAGUUUCUGUCAAAUACUGUUUUACUGGAGCAUUUUACAAAAAUCUUUUUGCAUUUAAGAAGAGCAGUGGUUCUUGCUCACCGUGGUGGCCACUGGACGUUGCUUCAAAAUGCUUGCCGAGAACUUUGGAACUAUACUCAAGAAUUACAACUGAUGAUUGCUAACCAUUUACAUUCCCAUACGGAUGCAUUUCCCAUUACCAGGGGUUUUCUUAGGAACACCAUCUGGUUGCCAUUUUAUUUGGCAUCAGACAUGAUCAUUGAUAUGAUAACUGAACUACAAGCAAGCAGGUCUCUUAAGGUUGUGGAUCCUGAAGGAGACUUCUGCAUUCCCAGUUGUUUAGGAGGUAUUAUGGAUGAGAAUGGUGGUUCUAAUCUCCAUCCACAGUCUCCCUUGGAUGAUGUGAAUGUGGUUGACUUGAAAUGGAUAUGUCAUCUGAUUCUUAAAACAAUAGAAUUGUUAUAUCAAAUGAAGAAGUGGGAAGCACUGGUACACAUAGCUGUGCAAUUCAACAUAUUUACACAAGCUGCUUUUAAAUAUUGGUGUCAAGCCCUUGAUGAAACACUCAACAUGGCUGAUGCUCUUAACAACUGGCAAGAGUUAGGUUUUCCAAAAAAUGCUAUGGACUGCUUUGCAGUUGGAAGGUCGACUGAUAUUAGUCAGAAAUUUCUUUCUCAGGCUGGAGUUUGGGGAUGUUUACAUGCAGCAGUCUUAGUGGCUAAGAUAGCUCAGCAUAUAACAACAUCAAAGAUGAGAUUAAGAACUAAAUACUGCUAUUUUUCUGCUAUACUUUUUAAGACCCUGUUUAGAGCUUCUCUUCCACAUCCAACAUCUGACUGUGACUUUGCACAGUAUGAAACAAAUAUGCUUAUUCCUGGUAUCGACUUGUUCUCAGAUCGCUACAGAGCUGAUAUCUCUACUGUAGUUGCAAGUCUGAAUUUCCUUAUGUUUGAACUACAUUGUGCAAAACAAAAUUUAACAAUUUUACCAUUGUUCACAUUAUACCAAUACAUUGUUUCUGAGAUUUGUAAGGACCCAGCUAAAUGUAUUGAAGGAAGAAUCUUCAAGAUUAAAGUACUCACAGAUAUAGGUUUUUUUACGGAGGCCUGUCAUGAACUGUCUUUGCUUAACUGUGGAGAAAGAAUUCCAUGGAAAAUACCUGCAGGAUACAGGAAAACUGAAGAAAUGAAGGCGUUACAGAAAUUUGACUCCUCAAAAUCUCUCCUGACUGUUACAAAUUUACAGGUACUGGAAGACAUAUUUAAUCGGAGUCUGUCUUUAACAAUGGUGCCACUGUGCAAGCAACAAAUUAUGAAUAAAUUAACCUUAGCCAAAAUGCAUUUCAUUAUUUGCCUUUCUGCCACAAUAAAUAAUAUACCUGAAAAAGUGGAAAAACACAUCUAUUCUCUUGAUAACAACAGCUUGAAGAAGCCAAGCAGAAUUACAGCAUCAAAUGUAAAAGUUGAUGCUGAUAAGAAGAAUUCAAGACAACAGGAACAAAGAAGCACAACGGUGCAGCUUGUUCACUGUAAAGAUGAAUUAAAUAUGGCCAUGCUGAAGGGGAUUUUAUUGACAGAAGCUGAAGAAAGUCUUAGCCAUCUUGUGCAGAACAUACAGGACAAAUACGAUGGGGAGAUAUCUCGGUGUUCUGCUGAAGAUUUAGAAGCUCUUAUUGAGGCCAAACUUCAGCUUGCUGCUAUUUCUCAGCAAAGGCAUCAAGCAGCUUUCAGUGUUGCUUUGGCUUUCUCUGCAAUUCGACUUCUCCAAGAUGCAAAAAUUUUUAGGAUGGAGGUGACACAUUUUCUAGAAGAAAAGGAUGAAAGGGAGUGUUCGGACGCUCAUGUUGAAGAUGUUCGACUGCCUCACAGUAUAACAGCACAAGAUCAUACGAGCGUACGUCUGUGGCUAAGGUGUCGCACAAUGUUAGUGACUGCACUAGUAACACAGAUCCAUGGUGUUGGUGAUAUGGAAGAAAAUGAUGUGGCUGAACGCCGAAGUGUGAUAAAAGAAGUAAUACUAGAGGCAGAAGCCUUUGGUGAUAUUGAGACUCAGGCUGAAAUGAUGAUGCAAGCUGCUAUUCUUGACCUGCAAGAAAAACAUCCCGUGGCAGGCAUUAAACUUCUUUUUCAGAAUAUCAUCAGUUUACUCCAAGAGGAUACAUUUAUUUCCCCUGCAGCUUCUUUGACUCUUGUGAAAAGUAUGCUUCUGCUGGCAGACAUACUAACACUGCAAACAGCAGAGGAUACAGAACAUUGCUCUUCUACAGUGGAACCAUUAAACUUACUAAUUUUGGCACAUGACCUUACCAUUAAAGCAAUUUUUGUUUGUGGAGAACCCAUUGAACGGCAAAUAGAAGACAGUACAUUGACUUGCCUGGUCCUACCUACAAAAAAUAUCUACUUGCCACAUAUCAACUUGCUAGCCCAAGUCAAAAUGAGAAUCGGACACACAUUAGCUGAAAAAGUAGCUUGUACACCUGCAAGAGGAGAUCCACUGCAAUGGCUACAUGCUCUCAAACAUUUAGAAUCAGCAUUGAAGCUUUGCAGAGCAUCUGCAACAAAAAAAUUAGAUAUGGAAGCUGAACUUCUUUUUCAGAUAGGUAAGGUAGAACACCAGAUAACUGAAGCAGGCAAUAACAAGUCAUCUCGAGCUGUUGAAACCCUGUUGGAAGCUAUAAAACUCAGCCAGCAACAUGACCAAAAAUUUGAGUUAAUAAGAAGAUCAUACCUUGAAAUAGCACUAUUAUAUUUGCAUUUUGCCACAAAUAACGAGGAUGUGUCACAGACAGAUAAGAAGGUGCCUUCCAAAUCAAACACCUCUCCUGGAGAACUCUCUUCUUCUCCUGAGGAAGCUCGGAAAUCAGAAGGCUACAAAGUACGAGCCUGGAUUGCAAUAAGAGCAGCUACACAGGUCAGUGAAGCUGUGCUUGCUUCUCAGCUCUUAAUUGGAAUGAAGAGUGUUAAAGAACACAGCAUGAAGGAUGCAGUGAAACAGAAAAUCCCAGAAUUUGCUUCCAUGGAUCUUCUUGCUUCAUACAGAGAUUUCUUAUCUGGUAUUCCUUUAUACCUAAUGUCUCUUGAAAUUACUGGAAUUACAUCAGAGAUGUCACAUGUGAGAAUAGCUUCUCCGGUUUCUGUCAUCGCAGAAACAGACAGUCAGAUGGAAAGUAGGGCAGCAAAUGCUCCAAAUAAGGAAAUUAACAUUCAGUGGUACAUUCCUUCUCUGGCAAAGCCAUCAAACCAUACAGAGACUAAGGAGAUCAGUCUUGAAAUGAAAGAAAAUGUAGAACCUAAUCAAGAUGUAAUAAAAGCUAGAAUUGUUUCUUUACGGGAGAAAUUAUCUAAUCUGAAGCAGCAAGUUGAGAUGUUGAUGCAAAGUUCUAAAAGCUUGUCUUCAGCUUCAGAACCUACAAGUUUUCUUGAACAAAGUGAAACCUUGAAAAUAAUUCCUUCAAAAAAACCCAUAAUGAAUGUUGCAAAAGUGCAUCUUGAUGAAAAAACAGAAGAAAUGGCUAAAAGGUGUUUAUCUGAAGUUAAAGCACUGCUGUCUGUUGUUCCAGCUCUGUCCUUGCCAUUAACUGAGAUCCCAUUUGAUGUUACUUUGCAAUCAAUAGCAAGUUUGGAAGAGAUGUUUGAUCCUGCCAAUGGAUGUAUAAUAACUGAAGACAGUCUUUUCAAUUGGAUCGUUUCUCUGUUUCACUAA